AUGAACGACUCCAAAAGCGCAGAUAUUAUCAAAGAUGAAGACCACCAACCAAGUGGUGAUAUCCUUGGGGAAUGUGAGACGUACACUCCAGAGGAAGAGAAAGCAGUCUUGAGAAAGAUUGACAUGGUUAUUUUGCCAUUUAUGUGCUUUGUUUUCUUUUUGCAAUACCUCGAUAAACAGAGCUUAAGUUAUGCUGCUGUAUUUGGCCUCAUGGAAGACUUGAACAUGACCAGUAAACAGUACUCCUGGUCCAGCUCUAUAUUUUAUGUCGGCCAACUCAUUUCCGAGUGGCCAUUCAUUUAUCUUAUGAGUCGAUUCCCUCUCACCAGGUUUGUCGGUGUCACAGUUAUAAUCUGGGGUGUUAUUUGCAUGUGUCUCGCAGCGCCAAAGAACUUUGCUGGGUUUGCUACCGUGAGAUUCUUGCUCGGAUUCAGCGAGGGGGCAGUUUCGCCUGCGUUCGUGACGAUCACCAGUAUCUGGUACCGCAAGAAAGAGCACGCUGCACGAACUGCGCUAUGGAUCACCAUGAAUGGUCUAGCUCAAGUCACUGGCUGUCUGAUCAUGUACGGCAUAGGCAAAAACGAGUCCAUCUCCAUGCAGCCUUGGCGCGUGCUUUUCCUGAUUUGCGGUGCAAUGACUCUUGUCGCAGGCAUUGGCUUCUUCAUGCUGAUGCCAAAUGGGCCCAAAGAUGCAUGGUUUCUAAAUGACAGGGAGAAGAAGGUAUUAUCUAUGCGUCUUGCCGCUGAUCGCGAAGGUGGCGACAAGACAGCUUUCUCAUUGUUACAGCUCAAGGAAGCCUUGUUAGAUCCUAAAGCAUGGAUGGUUUUCUGGUUUGGUGUACUUGUGACUAUGCAAUCACCAGUCCUCACCUUUGCGUCUUUGGUCAUUGAGUCAAUUGGUUACUCUAAAUUGCAGACCCUUCUCUAUACGGCACCGUCUGGAGCUGUCCAGAUUACCUUAUUAUGGAUUGGGACUGCGCUUGUCUACCUCUUCCCAAAUCAGAGAGCUCUGAUUACUUUGGCUUUGGUUAUUCCGCCUUUCAUUGGAGCUAUAUUUCUACUCAAACUGACCGUAACCGCUGAAUGGGGUUUGAUCGUGGCUUCUUGGCUGGCAUCCUGCAUUACUGCAACCAUGUCUAUUCUGUUAUCGCUGUUUGCAUCUAAUGUCAAGGGCAACACCAAGCGCGCCGUUGUCAACACCAUGUUCUUCAUUGGUUACUGUGCUGGCUGUAUAGGGGGCCCCCAGCUAUGGACAAAAUCACCGCGGUAUACGGAAGGUGUUAUCACUUCUAUCGUGACAUGGUGUUUGCUGUUUUUGGCUAUCAUUAUCUAUCGCAUUCUGUGUGUGCGUGAUAAUAAUGCGCGUGAUACACAAGCUAGCUACGGCGUUGAACUUGCUGGUGGAGAAGUAGAGCUCGAUGAGAACGGACUGCCCAGAACCGAUCUGACCGAUAAAGAGGAUAAAGAGUUUCGCUAUGCUAUCUAG